AGAGGCACGGGGUUCGAUUCCCCGCAUCUCCAGUUUUUGGUUUUGUUUUUUUUUGUCUCUAGACCACGUUGGUAAAUCUAAAGCUUGAAUCUUCUCCUCCUCAGUCUGCAAUAAAGUCUCUCUGGAAACUUUCCACAGAUUUUAGGGUUCUUCUUGUUCCUUUCCCAGUCAAAAUCGUAGUUUUUUUUUUAGUUCAAAACCUUUUCCAGUGUCUCGUGGGGGAGUAAAAAUCAAAGACAAUCUGUGACGUUUUUAGCCAGAGAGGACGAGAAUCCGAAAGAAUGCAUACUACUCCCAUGUACACGAGUGGAAGCUCUAAUAAUCCUUCACCAGGAAAUAGCCUUCCUAAUCAGAUCCAUCUGCAACAGAAUCAUGCUUCUUCCUACUCUGAGGUUCAACCAGCAUGUAUGUAUCCGCCUCCACCUCCUGCUUCCUCACAGCAGUAUCAUCACUCUCAUCUUCCACCUGUUUCAAUGUUGCCUCCCCCGCCACCAUUACCUCCUGGCGCCACGCCACCCUCACAAGCUUACCCUAAUCCGUUUCAUGCUCCACCAAGUUUCCCACUUUCUUUUCCCCUCAAGAGUUUGGAACCUCCUGGGAUGCCUCUUCCUCCUCCUCCUCCUCCUCCGUCUUCAUCCCCACUCUCUGCAGACACCGCUUGUGCUAAACCUGAAUCUGCAAAUGGCAGAGCUCUUGACACUGAAGGACCUGCUGUUGAAGACGCCGCAUCUUUAAAACAGAGCUCUAUCCGUUGUGGUUCUCCUUUAUAUGAUGAUCCUGACAUUGAGAUGGAAGAUGAUAUCACACUGCCUGAGAGUAGCCAACCUCUCAACUACGGUUCUGAUCAACUUCACACAGCCUAUUCUAAUACAGAACAUCAGCCUCCACAACCUGAAACCAAUUCUAUCACAGGCACUGCAAUGAAUUUUGAGACAAAUCUUCCUGUUGCAAACCAAGAUGUAGAUGAUGGUUCUAGACAAGCUUCUUCCUCCCCUUACUCGGGAAGAGCCAAGAUUGUUCCCCUCGGUGACAUGUAUGAUCCCUUCGUUGACAGCUUCGAACCAGCCUCUGUGAAACAAGAUUGCGUUCAGGAGCAUGAACCAGUAAGCGACUCUUACACUGUACCAAAGGCGAGCGUUUCCUCAAACAGACAACUCAGUAUUGAAGAAAACAACCAAGGUGUUGUUGAUAAACAAGGUCUAAGUGAGUUUGACACGGCAGCUCAGGUCAGUGUUUCCUCCAACAAACCACCUGACGUCGAAGAAAACACCACGGGUAAUGAUGUCGGAGCAGUGGUGUCUGGAGACAACGAUGAGUUUGGUGAGAACGCAGAGAACGGAAGAGAAGAUGACAGCCAUGAGACCUUGACUCCAAACUCCAAUAACGAGAAUCCAAAGGCAGAUAACAUUGCACGUGAAGCUGAUAGCACGACGAGGAGAAAGUCUCGAGGGGAUGCAAAGGAGGAGAAAGAUUCAUCAUCAUCAUCACGGUCCAUGAAGCUUUUCCAGGUGGCGGUAACGAAGUUCGUGAAGGAGCUUCUGAAACCAUCGUGGAGGCAAGGGAAUAUGAGCAAAGAGGCGUUCAAGACUAUUGUGAAGAGAGCGGUGGAUAAAGUUUCUAAUUCGAUGGAAGGUCGUCGUGUGCCCAAGUCAAAAGCUAAGAUCGAUAAGUACAUUGACAGUUCACGGGACAAGCUGACCAAACUCGUCAUGGGCUAUGUAGAUAAGUAUGUGAAAGCGUAGAGAAUCGCGUGACACGGUGUUGCUGCUGCUGCUUGGAGAAGAACUAAUGUUGUUCUAAAAUUUUGUCUCGUCUGAAAACAACGAAUGUUUAUACAGAAAGUCACUGGUUAUUCUCGUAAUCUUCUUUUAACUUGAUAACGUUUUCAUAAAUGAAGAAUCCAUUUGAUAAAA